UUUUUGGUCUCUGUCUGGGGAAUUAAAGGUCAUUUUCUUAGGGUUUACUUUUUUUUUCUUUUUAAUUUAAUUGGUUGUCAUUUAUGAAUAAAUGGAAUGGUUGGUGAUGAGAAAAAGGUUGCGUCUUUGAAGAGACUCUAAAAAUCAGAAAUUUGCUAAAAGUUUGAAGCUUUGUGGGUAUUGUUGGUUGAAUUAUUGGAGUUUUAUUCAAAGAUGGAUUUGAAUAGUAAGGAGAAAGUUGAAGAAGUGUCCAAAUUGGAGGGGAUAGGUGGAGUUAGUAAUAACAAUAUGGAAUCGAAGAGUCUUCGAAGCAUUAGUAGCAAAGAUAUGAUAUUCAGGGCUGACAAAAUUGAUCUGAAAAGCUUGGAUGUUCAAUUGGAAAAGCAUUUGAGUCGCGUUUGGUCGAGCAAUUUAGAGAAACAAAAUCAACAAAGGCCUAAGGAAGUAUGGGAGAUUGAUCCUUUAAAGUUGGAAAUAAAGUAUCUUGUAGCUAAGGGAACCUAUGGUACCGUUUAUCGUGGUACCUAUGACAAUCAAGAUGUUGCAGUGAAACUGUUGGACUGGGGAGAGGAUGGCAUGGCCACAGCUGCUGAAACUGCUGCUCUGCGGGCAUCAUUUCGGCAGGAGGUUGCUGUUUGGCACAAACUUGACAAUCCAAAUGUUACAAAAUUCGUUGGUGCUUCUAUGGGUACUUCAAAUCUUAAGAUUCCUUCGAAGAAUCCUUCUGAAGAUUACACCACCCUUCCUUCUCGGGCUUGUUGUGUUCUUGUGGAAUUUCUCCAUGGUGGAACAUUGAAAAACUACUUGUACAAAAACAGGAAAAAGAAACUUGCCUUUAAGAUUGUCCAUCAGCUUGCUCUUGAUUUGGCCAGAGGGCUGAGCUAUCUGCACUCAAAAAAAAUUGUACAUCGUGAUGUAAAAGCUGAAAACAUGUUGUUAGACACUAGUAGAAAUUUAAAAAUUGCUGAUUUUGGAGUUGCUCGUGUUGAAGCACAAAAUCCCAAAGACAUGACCGGGGAAACUGGAACCCUUGGGUACAUGGCCCCAGAGGUACUUGAUGGCAAGCCCUACAACAGAAAAUGUGAUGUAUAUAGCUUUGGUAUUUGCUUAUGGGAAAUUUAUUGCUGUGAUCUCCCAUAUCCAGAUCUUAGCUUUGCUGAAGUUUCUUCUGCCGUUGUUAGACAGAAUUUGCGACCAGAAGUCCCCAAAUGUUGUCCAAGCUCUCUAUCACAUAUCAUGAAGAAAUGCUGGGAUGCAAAUCCAGACAAACGACCUGAAAUGGAUGAGGUAGUGAAAUUGUUGGAAGCCAUUGACACAAGCAAAGGAGGAGGAAUGUUACCCGAAGACCAAGUUAUAAAAGGCUGUUUCUGCCUUGUUCGUAUCUGCAAGAAUCUAUUGACAAGAACCUCUCGUUCUCCUCCCUUGAUAUGGAUGUACUGCUCAGGCUUCGCUAUUUUUCACCAGAUUGCAAUUGUUUCUGCCUUUUCAUUUCAGGAAAACUCCGAUGUUUUUAAUCCACUGGCCCGACUAACCCAGAUUGUGCCAGACAAACCCACUAUGGGGAUUCUAGCGCUUUCUAUCGAAGAAGAUUUCAUUUAAGGGCAAUUCUACAAGUAUUUAGUUGGCUAAAGAUUCUGUUAUGCUAUAUGGUAAUGGCAAGACUAGACUCUUUUGGUUUACUGUUAAAGUUGAACAUGAGAUUUCAGUCAUUGUUGCUAA